AUGGAACUUCCAGAUAUUCUUAUGGCAGCCUCAAUGAAGAUUGAGGCAUGUGUGCGGCAAACACCUGCCACCCCAUCUUUUGCACCCUCUCCUUCACAAUUUCUUGCAAGCAUCAACGGUCUGGAUGAUCCAUGGCAAACUCCCCCUCCUGCCGACCAUUAUCCUGUCCAAUCAAUCUCUUCCAAAGCAUCAAAUUUUUGGGACAAGGAUGAUGAUAUAUUUCCGCUGACCCCAUCUCCUCAUUUCCUUGGUGUUGACCCAGCCACUCCUCGUGGCGCUCUCAGCCCCAUGUCGGACCUGUAUCUCCACUCUCCCUUUCAUCUCUCCCACUCAGAAAUUGCAAAUACCUGCCGACGCUCAUCAGCAAGUCCUGUGGCACCUUUGUCUCCGAGCUGCCUUGCCGGAAACCCUGAACACUGGACCUCAAGUAUUCAACCCUGUGUCCCACAGCGAAGGCGGCGGAGCUCAUCCCUCAGUAACCAUUGCCCCAAAACCAUUGCUGGUUGUCACCAGACAGCUCUAGGGAUUGUUCAACUCAUGGAUGUCAUACAGGCCAUGGUAGCGUUGAGUCAAGUUGAGAGCAUGGAGGUUGAUGGGGCAGAUGAGGAUGGGCAGUUGGAUGGUGGGGAGGAGCUGGAUGGGGAGGAUGACAAUGAAUACCGACCUGGGGCAGGAGAGGAAACUUCAAGGCUUUGUGGUGGGGCUGGGUCUGGCAACAACCGUCAUUUUCGAGGUAGCAGCUGCAACCGUGGUGGUGUAGCCCCACCUCCAUCGUCGUAUAAUGUGAUGACUCGUUGUGGAAAUGCCCAUGAUACUUCUGUUGAAUGUCGCCGAGAAAGCUUUGAGCCUGCAUGUUACGAUGAGAACAACCAAGAAGAUGUCCCUGACAGCUGCCACGGUGCUGGAGCUACAGACUCCAACAAUGUUGAUAAUCAAGAGACCCCCAACAUUGAUUCAAGUGGGCAAGUUUAUGGCCCACCUACCCAAGCUGUGGCAGUGGUGUCACUUGCGGAGAGUCUUGCUGGUGGUGGAAUGGCUGAGGUUCACAAGCUCAGUGGACCUAUGCACAAGUUGCUCGAGAAGAUAGCAAAGCAGGCCAAGAUAAUCUGUGACCGCUCUUCUGGUGAAGAUCUGCACCCUAUUGAGCAGAUGUUUCGUUCUCUGGGCUGUGGAAUUUCCUCUCCUUGGGAUCCUCUUGACAUACACCAUGCUCAGUCUCUGAUUGAAGGACCAGAUGCUGGUGGUAUUCCUCAAGACAUCAUCAAUUCUGUAGAGGAGAUUGCUCAACGCUGCCUUAGAGCAGAAAAACUGGCUGUUGCUGCUUUUUUCAUUUAUAUGAUGGGGUGCAUGCAGUUCCAGUCCAAGAUCAUUAGCCUCUGUCAUCAAUUCUCAAUGCAGAUGACACCUCUUCUUACCAACAUGAAGAGUGAUAUUGUCGUUCGUGAGUGA